UCAGGAUUUGAACCUUGACCUCCUGGUUCAUAGGUCAACCACUGAGCCACAUUGGCCAGAUCCUUCUAGAUUUUUAUGAUCUUUGUUCCAAUCUAUAGUUGUCUCCCCAUACCUGAUUUAAUAUUUUUUAAAAAUUAGACUCACUUUUAUUCAUUCAAUUUAGCUUUAUUAGACAGCCGUCACUUUUUUACCAUUUUACUAAUAUGACAUUUAAUUGAAUUAGAUUACUAUAGUUAUGUGUACAGUGUACAAACAUAACUAACUUUUUUUGUGCAUUUAAAAAAAUCUUUUAACAUAAUUCUUGACUGGCUGCCUCAUCUAGUGGGAGCAGAGUCCUGCAGGUACACUAAACCCCAGAUGGACUGCAGGCUGCAGACAUCACCCAAAAGAUUUAGAAAGGAAUACAGCAGGUUGGUGACAGGAAGAUCCAUCUAAGAAAGCAUCUAUACUAUUUAUAAAUAGAAUUAUUGAUGCUCAUUUCAGAACAGCAAGUUGAUGUUAUAAAAUUACUAUGUGUUUCAGGGGCAGGCAGAUUUUCUCGUUCUGGAAAUUUGGGCAGGCUUUUUGUGUGCCUUCGGGUCUGUUUUCUUAGUUAUAAAAUAGGGAUGUCAUCUCUGCCUCUCAGGGCAGAAGUGGUGCAUAAAAUAACCAAGCGCGUCACCCACGGGAGAUACACAACACUAUUUCUUCUCCCACCAUGGAGCUAAUUCAUGUCAGCCACUCUGGGGAGAAUUUGGGGCUGACCUCGGUUUCCUAUACUUUCAGAAGUCAGGUUUCUAGCCCUUCUAUCGCCACCUCCAGUGCCAAUCGCCAGCUGAUGAUGCUGGAAGGGAAGUCGGGACCCUAUUUUUCAUCUCUGGACUCUAGCAUUGAGAUCCUGAAGAAGAGGGCCCAGGAGCUGAUCGAAAACAUCAAUGAGAGCAGGCAGAAGGACCAUGCACUCAUGACCAACUUCAGGGACAGCCUCAAGAUCAAGGUUUCAGAUCUGACAGAGAAGCUAGAGGAGAGGAUGUAUCAACUUUAUAAUCACCACAACAAGAUCAUUCAGGAAAAGCUCCAAGAGUUCACCCAGAAAAUGGCAAAGAUCAGCCAUUUGGAAACAGAGCUCAAACAAGUGUGCCACACUGUGGAGACCGUGUACAAAGACUUCCAAGACCUGUGUGUCCAGCCAGAGGUAUGACUACACCCAUACAGGAGGCUCUGCCUGAGGAGAGUUGUAGGGGCUGAGAUGAAAGUAAAUGUAACAGAACCGGGAGCUCCUGCCAUCUCGCUUGUGGCGCCAUACUCUCCUGUAAACAUGGGGUGUUGGAGCUGAGAAGCCAGCCCACUGUUAUUUCCCACUCCUGUGUGGCCAGUCUGUGGUGAUAGAAAGGACAAAGUCCCCUCCACCCACAGCCCUGAGCAGUGCCUAACCAGGUUUACUUAUUACAGCAGAGGCAAAGAUGCAGACAAGGGCCAGGUCACUGUGGGGGCACAAGAAAUUCCCACAUGAGUACCUCCCAGCCCCCACUCAUGUUCAUUUCCCUGUGACUGAAAGGACUACUCACGUAGCGGUUACAAGUAAAUGUGGCCCAACACUGAGGAUCAGACAUGCAGCUUUUUAUAGUAUUACAGAUGUCCCCAAUUUUCACCCCAUUGCCCCCCUCCCAGACUCUUUAUUAUUCUCUCCCCCACAUUCUGCCCCAACGUCAGCAUAAGGCACUUAUCCCCCAGAUGGGAAGGUCAGAGGGUACACAGGGAACUCAGAGGGAGGGUGGUUGCUCCGUCAGACACCAGAUCAGGUCUCAUAGAGGUUGCUUCUGUGUCACUCUCUUUCUUUUCCCUGCUUCCUGUCAA